AUGGCAAGUAAUCGCCAGAUCUCGGCCACCAUGUUUGGCUAUGUCUGUGAUGACUACAACCAACAACCAAUGGUACGAGAGCUGACUACUCCUAGGAUUCGAAGUGAUAAUGAAGUUUUGAUUAAGGUUAAGGUGGGUAAAGUACCACAGUAUUAUACAAACCAUUCUCUAAUUUUUUAUGGGAUUUAUCGUAUUAGGUUGUUCAAAUAAUUCUGUGCCCUCUUUCAAAACAAAUUUUUGUAAGUAGGAACACAGAAUUGUUAUAACAGCUUAAUACGGACGUUUUAAUUAUGAAAGACUAAUCAUUAAUGUAUUUAAUGUUUUAUUAAUAUGAUUUAACGUUUACUGUAAGAUUGAUUGGCAUAACAACACUUUAUAUUACAGGCAUCCAGUGUCAAUCCGAUAGACGUUCGUAUGUCCGAGGGAUACGCACAUCAGUUAAUGACAGCUGUAAACAAUUUACAGGAACGUCGAUUAACUGGUGACAACCGGCUGCCAACAACUUUUGGCCGCGAUUUUAGUGGAGUAGUCGCUGAGGUAAGGCACAGUAAAACAAAGGCUGUAAACGGGUAAAAAAUACCGUAAAUGGGUACUUUUACAUGUAAAAUACGCAUGCUUUUAAUUGUUAUUAUUAGUCUUGAUGUUCUUUAACACAAGAAUACGUUCAAAAAUAUCGUUUAGGCUCCAACAUCAAGCGCUUUUAAAGUAGGUGAUGAAGUUAUUGGUGUUGUACCACCGGCUAUGCCUGGCGCCCAUUCCGAGUACGUCAUAACAAAUACCAACUACAUUAUACCGAAGCCAAAGACUGUAGAUCAUGUAAAUGCGGCUGCAAUGAUCUACACAACUGCUACAGCUUGGUCUGCUUUGACUACUGUAAGUUAAUCAAAUAAUAUUGCGGUAAGAGUAAGUUUACUCCUAAUGAACAUGUUGUAGUAAUUUGGCUUCUAAUGAUAAUAAAUAAUGCUCUGUCUUCAGUUUGGUCGUUUAAAUGCAACAAACGCCCGGAAUCAACGAGUUCUCAUCCACGGUGGCUCAGGAGGCGUGGGAUCGUCCGCCAUUCAGAUCCUGAAGUACUGGGGAACGCAGAAGAUUGUCGCCACAGCUUCAACCAAGAAUCAAGCGUUCGUAAAGAAGUUGGGAGCUGUCCCUGUUGAUUAUACUGCAGACAACGUGAAGGAAUUACUACUGAAAGAAGGCCCAUUUGAUCUGAUAUUAGACUGCACAACAUCAAACGCCGUAACCGACUGGUCAGACGAAUUAUUGGGAGUUUGGAGAAACUCGGUUCAUUUGACGUUAACCAGUCCGUUGAUGCAGCAGACUGACCGAUAUGGAGUACCAUUGGGGCUAGCAUCUACGGCCGCGACAUGGUUUUGUAGAAAUGUUUGGGUAGGUGGCAGAUGUAGCUCAAUUUGAAUUUUUCGACCAAAAAUCCACAUUUACUUGACCAUCGAUGUAGUAUAUGAAAUUACAGAACUGCUAGCUAAAUUUAAAAUGAGAUGUUAAGCCUUAAAUAUCAAAAAGUGCUUUACAGAACUUCAAAAAAGGUCGAGCUUACAUCUACGCCUUCUUUAUACCGGACAAAAACGCUCUAAACUUGCUGUCCACACUGAUUGACCAAGGGAAAAUGGUACCAAACGUGGAAAAAGUGUACCACAAGGAGAAUAUAAGUGAAGCUUACGAAACAGUGGGCAAACUUCAAGGCGGCGGAAAGUCUGUAAUAUCUUUUGAAUAA